AUGGUAGCCAAGAAACUUUGCUUGCUCAAAAGAUGGACACGCAGCAACGUAGAAGGCAAAAAUGCAAACAAUGCAGGCCAAGUGUGCCCUUUCUGUUUCCAGUGUCUUCUUCCUGGUAACCACAGGGUUCGUCUAAAGCCCAAAAUGAGAAUAACGCCACAGAUACAGAAAUUACUUCAUCGAGAAGCAAAGAAAUACAAAUUCAAUUUCAAGCAAGGAAAGCUGCUGAAGAGGUACAAAGAAUCAAAAAACAUUUUGCUCAUCACUUGCAAUACGUGCAAGAAGACUACCAGACACUAUGGAAAAAGUAGAUCUUGGAGUAUGAAAACUUCAGCCUUUGAGACUCCGACAUGUUUGAAGAAGACCACGCCUUUCAGCUACAGUCAUUCAGGAUCUCAAAGGAAGAAAUUGUCAUCAGGUUCCAGAACUUCUACACCUGGACAAUCAACACCUCCUUUCUUCUCCAGGAGUCCCAGAAAUGCCAAAUUCACUCAGUUGAAGAAACUGCUUAGCCUUGAAGAGAAUAAAAAAAAUGAUAAAGGGGACCUCAAGAGCUUCUUAUCUUCACUUUAAAAUCUAAACGUACCAUAAUUGAGGCUGUGGAAGAGUGAAGGAAUUGAAUCUGUUACCAGAAACGGUACCAUGCUUGUAGAGGGAACACUGAUUGUUAGAAAUGCACACAUCGGGAAUACCAUCAUGUGUUCUGUAUGGAGCUGGCCUUGAGGAAUAUUUAUGAAGUACAGCUGUGCCCAAAUGCUGCUAUUGAACUGUUAUCAGGUGCUAGGUUGCAGGAAUCUAUUACCCCUGUUCCCUUGGUAGCAAUUUUCUGGAACCAGAUCAUUGUGGAUUUUGAAAUGGUUAUGGAUCCACGGUAUUUCAAGAUCACCUUCUCCCACAGAGACCUCGGUCAGGUCCUGAUACAGAUUUUGCUGGGCCUCGUCCCUUCAAAGAUCUUUUGCUGAUGGCUAAAGAGGCUCCUUUAUCAAAGGCUCCUUUGGCACUUCAGUGGCUGACCUUAUGGAGUCUGGAACGGGAUUUGUAACUUAGGGCCAGGUGAUGUUUGGCCUUGGGGCCCAGGAUUAGCUCCCCUAACGUGUAGCUGAUGGCAAAAACAGCUGCCGGGGAGGCAGAGAAUGUGGAUUGGGGCUGCAGUGUGAAAAAGCAUCGUUGAACUCUUCCAGGUUUUGUAUUUAACUGAAACAGAGUAACUGCCAAUAUCUUUAAUGAGCUUACCUUGCAGUCAUAACAGUAUAACUAUCUGGUAUAAACCGAAGAACGCCAAAUAGCAGCAAUAUGUGCCCUGUUGUGUAACACUGCAGCUCUGUAGUGAAGUCAUGACUGGGUGAAGAUCAAGUUUGUGUGAAGACAACUAUGUGCGAGCCAAGCAAACCACUGCCCUUGGGCACAUAGGAGAGUGCCUUCGUUCCUAAUGAGGCUGGGAAUAGUGGAGAGCAGGGGGUAUAUGCCACUUUUCCAGUUGGGGCUUUACUUUAAAAUACGUCCUGUGAUGGACUGCAUCUUUGAAGAGGCUUAAAAGUGCUGUACAUAAACUACAGGACUGUGAAGAGUUACUACCCUUGAGUGACAGGCUGCUCCAGGCAAUCUGAUUGGUUGGCAUCAGCUGAGGGGGGGAAAGGUCUGGUGAGGCGAAGGAGAACAGAUUAAGAUUCCUGCCUUAACUGUGACGAGACAUGUGUGUGGAGACUGUCUUGGACUAGCCCUGUCAGGAAAAGGGUUUAGUGCUAACAAAGUCAGAAUUCAUCCGUGACUGAAUAUAGUCUUAAUUCAGCAUUACCUGAGGGCAGUUUGAACACAGACAGUGAACCGGGGGAAAGUUUGGCAAGGAGGUUU